ACUCGGCUUUAGUUGAAAGCGGAAGAAAAAAAAACCUUAAGCGUGUUAAAUCUAAAAUAACUGAAGUACAUUUUUUAUUAUUAUUAAAUUCUGUGUAAAGUGAUUCGAUUCGUUGGACAGCUUUUUUCCAUAUUCAUUUCAUUUUAAUCUUCAAAAAUUGAAAUGUGCACUCCAGAAGACAGUUUUAAAUUCAGAUUUUAAUCUUUGGUAAAUAAUCGUGAUAAAGAAAUUCAUUUCAUAGGCUAAUCUAAAAUGGAUUAAACAAUACCAUAUACUAAGAGUAUGAGUUGGUGAACUUUAUGUCAUUUUAAACAAUGGAUGGACAGACAAUAAGAAAUGGGGAUUGCACUGUAUCAACUACUAGUUAUUCAAAAUGGAUUUAAUUUCGGCUGCAAAGAAUGGCGAUUUUGAGUCUGUUUUUAGUUUACUACAAAACGGCUGUUCAACCGAGUUACAGGAUAAAGACAAAGCCACGCCCUUAUACUGGAGCGCGUGUCAUGGACACACCAACAUUUGUGAAACAUUAAUCCAAGCAGGAAGUGACGUCAACACAAGAGUCACGUGGGGAUCGACACCGUUACACGCCGCUGCCGAUAGGGGACAUAAUUCUGCUAUAGACGUUUUGAUAGAAAGUGGCGCAGACGUUAACUCACAAAACAACCGAGGUGACACUGCGUUACACAUUGCAGCGUACCGAGGGCACAAGGAGGUCAUAAUGACGUUAUUAAGGGCUAAAGCUGACGUCAGAAUACGUAACGAGAAAGGGAAAACACCCCAACAAGAAGCGAUGGAAGGAGGUAACCGUGCCAUUGCUGAGGACAUUGUUGAAUAUGCAAAUGUUCAGAGAAGAGUGGGUCAACGUCAGGCUGUGACACCAGACGAACUCAUUCCAAGAAAUCCACCGGAAAUCCGGAUAUCGAGCGUGGCUCGCCGGAAGUCAGAGUGCGCAAUUAGUUAUCACGUGACAGAAGCACAGCCAGUAGAAAAUACGGAAGAAGACCCAGAUUACGAGAAUUCUGAACGAAGACCUUCAGUUCCCGGUCCACUACCCACCUUCAGGCACAACUCCCUGGACAUACCACCCCCUCGACCUCCUAUUGCCAGGAGCACCAGUUUCAGUGGCAAAGGGGAUUCCGCGCUAAACAACGUCCCUGACAACAAUAGUGAGAACCAGAAGAAAUUAUACAUGGCGUCCAGAACUAACUCCGUUGGUUCGAUCCCUUAUGACACAAGUCGAAUAUUCUUGAAUGACGUCAACGUGAAGUUUUACACAGAAAAUACAAAUACGCACUGCCAACAAGACACGUCAUUGUCUCAGCCAACGUCAGACUUUACUGAUACUACCUCAGCGUAUAGUAGUGAUACGUCAUGGCGCACGCCAUCAAUGACGUCAAGCGAACCUACAGAAAGUUCUGACUUUACUUUGAAUCAUUCGCGGACCGUUCCAGAAGUUCCACCAAGGGCGCGUUCUCAAAACAGACCGAAUCGUUUGUCCCUUGGCUCCUCUCGCGAGAUAUUUGAUGGUAGCCCGGAUGCUGAAUUAAAGAAACAAUUAGUCGAAUCUUAUAAACAGACAGAAAAGCUAGGUAAAGAGAACGAGGUGCUAAAUUUUAAGUGUUCCACUUUGCUUGGUCGUCUGUCAGAUACUGAACAUCUAAUGAAAGAGCGCAUUAAAGAAUGCGAAAAUCUAAAAGAACUUCUCAAUGUUAAGAGUCAGGAUAUUAAGGAAAAAGAAGAUAUCAUACAGGCUCUGAAAAAUAACCCAGUCACAGUGAGCAAAGUUGUUGCUAACAAUGGAUUUAAACAUUUCACAGAACGACUAAAUAAGACACUGUCAGACGACACUUUAGACGAGUUUCAAGAAAUUCUUCGUGAAUCUUUACAAAACUUUGCAUUAAGCCCGUGUUCGACUGUUGAGCAGCUGGAUGCGCCGCACAGAGAAUGGGUACCAGGCGUUGAUUACGUCAUCAUUGGACGUCAGCAUCUGGAGGACAUGGUUGACCCGAAUCAAGUAUACAUGCCUAAACAGUUGUCGUUCCUGAUCAAACAUUUGAAAACCGGAAGAAAGCUUGUCUUAAAAAUGUUGUUACGCUUUAGGAAAAGAGGUGAAGCCGACUCUGAUAUUGCCUGGCGAUCAACAGACGAGUUUGACAUCAUGGACAGACUGUCAGAUCAACCAAAUGUUACCAAAGUGCUGCAUUCUUACGAAAGCUCUACAGAACGAUUCAAGAAAUUUAUAGCUGUACCACAUGGACAUCCAUACAACGCGGAUGAAUUGUGCAGUCGGACUACUUUCUUAGUUACGGAGCAAAUGAUAACGUUGACAACAUUUAUAAAAACGUUUGCGACAGAAAGUAAUUCCUCCCUAAUGUCAACAUUCUUAUUACAUUCUUUUUAUCAGUUGUUAUCGGUGCUUUGCGUGCUUGAGGAACUGGGUAUUGAGCACAAUAAUAUAACAGAUACAACAAUAUUUGUUAACGAAGAGCUAAGACCAAUGUUAGGAGGUUUUGAAAUGGCAUCAUUCAACAAUGAGGUAAAAGAUAUUCAAACAGAAGGACCGCCUGAUUAUGAAAAUGUGGAACAUCUUGCUAGAGGCUCCCAUAUGCACAGGUUGCCUAGAAAUUUCGCUAGAAGAAAUAAUGACCUAUUUGCUUUAGGGAAAUACUUUGAUAACAUUCUUUUGGAUGAUGGCAUACAAACAUCAGACGACGCUACGUGGCCACAGUAUACUUCCGGUUGUAUGGCGUCUCUUCCGCCGUCCGUUUGGCAAGUUCUUAACGGCAUUAUCACAAAGUUUCAAAACUACUCAAGCCGGGAUUGCUUGCAUCGGAUAGGGUUCUCAUUGUUUGGACCUCGAAGAGGAGAGGUGUGUAAUGUUUUUCAAACAAAGACGUACAUGCAGCAACAGAUGUUAAAACUUUUAGCUUUAAACCCCGUCACGCAAAGAAAUGCCGCACAACCAGAACAACUUACCGUAUCAGAUGCCGUAGAUAGAAACAAAUACGAAAUCGAGACUCACUUUUUGUGUAACAUCACUCAAAAGCAGCUGUGGGACAUGUACAAGAUGCUUGAAAAGGAUGAUUUACUGCUGGAUCAAUAAACGCUUGCAAUUCAAAAUUCAAACGCCAGGCGACAUAUGACUUCCUGCUGGAGCAAUAAAUGCUUGAAAUUCAAAAGCAAAGAGCAACAACUCUUAUGAGAAGAUGUCAGCAUUGAAGGAGAGACUUCAAAAGUUUGUUCGAAUCAAGAUAAUGACUGAUGUAACAAUUUAGAAAUGUUGAUACUUGAGAAAGGUGUCCGAGUAUACUACCUUUUCGAUGACAUGGAUCUCGGUGUAUACUCAUUUUGAUUUGGUAAGGAUCUCCGAGCAUCUUACCUUUUUGAACGAAAAAUUGUAUGGCGUAGAAUCAGUUUGUUAAAUAAGUCUGUAUGUGUGUUGUUUAAACAUACAAAUACACAAAAACGUUUACCUUUCACACGUGACCAUUGAUAUUCUAGCACUAUAAGAACAAUGGAAAGUGUUUUAACAGCAAUAUUAUGCAACAUUAUCACACACAGAAUAGCCAACAAACAUGUCUAUGAAUUCGGCAAACUUCGUCGUUUUCAGUUUCUGUUGUUUCAAUUAAAUUAUUAACGGCUUCGGAACCGCUCAGGUGAACUCCUCACAACAAUCACCUCAGUACUGAUAUGGGGGGAUCACUGCGUAGGAGACUGAAGAUGUUCUAUUGCUACUGGUCAUUAUGACGCAUGUUUCUUUUAUUAAUGAAACGGAAAGGGACGAACUAUGUCGAAUUUUCACGAGCUUAUGAUGCACAUAGAACUAUUAUAACCUUUAUAUAGAUGAGAACAAGUGAUUAUGUAUGUAAAUAUAAUAUUACGAAGAACGGAAAUGACGUCAGGAGUUUAGUUGUUAGUUGAUAUCUUUAAAAAGGAUUGUACAAACUAGAGUUACCUCAAUUUCUCGUAAAUGGCAACUUUUAUUUUCAGGAGUUGUGACGGAAAAAACACUAUUUUGUAUCAUGUUUUGUGUUCAUAUUUUUGUCAUAUUUGAGCCGCGUCAUGACAAAACCAACAUAGCGCGUUUGCGACCAGCAUGGAUCCAGACCAUACUCAGGAUCCAUGCUGUUCGCUAUCAGUUCCUCUACUUGCUAUAGGGUUUGUAAGCGAACAGCAUGGGUCCUGAUCAGACUGCGCGGAUGCGCAGGCUGGUCUGGAUCCAUGCUGGUUGCAAGCCCAUUAUGUUGGUUUUGUCAUGACGCGGCUCAUAUUUAUUAUUAUGAUAUAUUUGUGUGUUUGAAGUGAAUAUGGUAUAUACAUGUACUUAAGCAGUCUGAUUAUUUUACAUACUCAAAUUAAAGUUAGGGUUUACACUUUGAAGUAAGGUAUAUUUCAUAUAAAAUCAAACAUGUUUAUUGUUAUUGAAUACUGAACACCAAUGUUAUAAGUACACAGUGAACGCUACAAGAUAUAUCUCACCGAUUAAAUACUAGUAUAGCAUUGCAUUUACGUAGUACAUAAUAAACAUAGUAAAGUCAACUAUGUUGUCAUGCUUUCGACAAUAUUUUCUUUAUCUUGAUCAUAUUCUUGUGCUCACAGCAAUUUCCACAAUCAUUUUGCUCUACACAUGUAUAUUUAAUUUAUAUAUUUACAAGAUACUUUGACACAUGUAAUUACAAACGAAAAAUAAAUAGAAAUAAUAAUGAAAAUAAAGUGAUAACAAAUAUGAUUAUAAUAUUAUAUCAAAACAAGAAAAACAUGAGACGUAAGUUAUACAUUUUAAAUUUUUGAAUAUGCAAAUGACCUUCGAGCUCUGGACUCAUGUUUGAUAUAUUGCAAAUUGUCUUUCAGUGGAUAAGAUUUGUAUUAAAAUAAAACUUUUAAAAUAAAUACAGCAAAAAGACAAUUUAUAACUUUGAUUGUAAAUUUCAAUUUAUGUUUAUUGUGCUUUUCUGCGGUCCUAUCAUAAUCUUCUGUUGUGUCACAGUAUGACCUUGACAUUUGACCUUUAAGUAAAUCUCUUACAUGUCACAACAAAUAUCUAUGAAUAAUUAUAAUUUGUAACACAUUUUUUUUUCAUCAUCAUCAUCAUCAUCAUCAUCAUUAUUAUUAUUAUUAUUAUUAUUAUUAUUAUUAUUAUUAUUAUUAUUUUAUUAACUUUAAUUUUAGCAGAUUUCGACAUUCUGCAAUUAAUUCAGAUUUGACCUUGACCUAGUGACUUUGUAAAAAACACCUCGAUAGAGCGUUUUAUCAGACUUAGCAUUAAUACUCAUUAUGUUAAGUCAUUUAUAUGCUUUCAAAUUAAUAUGAAUGAGUGGAGAUUUUAUUAUCAUGCCGAGUUAACGGAAGUGGGAUAUUUGAAUAAACAUAGACUUGAAAAGAUACUUCUAAAUCAGUUUUAUGGCAGCGUUUGAAGUCAUAAGAAGUAUUCAUAGAAUUGAAAUAUUGGGUAGCUCGACUUCAAUGGUGGUGUUAGUUAUCUUGAUUUGUUUCCCUUUGUUCUGAAAUGAAAUGCACACAACAGUUUUGUCCGUUUUCAGUUUGUUAAUGUUUUUUAGCUUUCCCAAGCGUGUUCGCGUUGUGCUCAAGAGUCAUUUUUAAGGAUUUGUCAAUUGUUCGUUAUCUUGUCCGUCGUCCUAGAUUAAAUAAAGAAAUAAAGAAAGAAAGAAAGAAAGAAAGAAAGAAAGAAAAAAAGAAAGAAAGAAAGGCAGAAAGAAAGAAA